AUGAAAGACCUCACAUCGGACCAGCGCCGCGCAGUGGUGGACCACCACCUCUUGCGCGUUGUCCAAAAGCCAUGCAAACUUCAACGCGGUGCCAUAAAAGACGUGGCCCGCAUCUUUGGCCGCAAUCGCCACACGAUCUCCGACAUUUGGAGGCGUGCAAACGUAUCACUUGGCGGCGACCUACCCAUGCGUGAAAUCCCGUUCCUGCUGCUCAACGUACAACAUUAA